ACUCACGUGUGUUUUGUAAGGUUUGUGGUUUAAGUUUUGAGGUUUUCUAUAUAAUUAAAUGUGUUAGCAUUAUAAAAAUGGGAAAACGUAAAUAUGAUAACACGGAAACAGAUCCUGCGAAAAAGGUUAAAACCGAUGAUAUAGAAAAUACUGAUGAAAUCGAAUCAAAGCAACCUGAAAAUCAUGAAAGCUCACAAAGUAAAAUGUCUUUACAAAAGCACAGUUUUGAUAUGAAACACUUCAGAAAAGAAUUAGCUUCGAAACAGGGUCAAACUAUGGUUUUAACACAGUUCCUCAAUGUAUGUUUAAAUCCUGAUAAUGAAGUUGACUACAUACUUGAAUAUUUGAAGAUAGGUGGCAAUUCACAUGAGAUACUUCAGCAAAUAACACAAGACAACAAGAAAAAUUUAACUUUAGCAACACCAGCUUUCCAUCUUUUUCACCUUAUCAUUGUUAAGGUUCAAUCUUCUUUACCACAUAUGAUAACAAUCACAGAAGAAGCUUGUCGCUACUUCCUCAACACAUUUAUCCCGACAGUUGAAAUUAUGAUAAGCGAAAACUCCGGUCCACGACAUAGGAAAAUCAUUCUUAAUCUAUUAACAUCUAUGGUAACAUUAAAUUCAGAUUUAGGUGUGGAAAUACUCAACCAAUUACCGUUGACUCCGAAACAUUUACAAUAUAUUUUAGAGAAACCAAAUUAUAAAGAGAAAGAUAAUGUGAGAACAGCAUUUGUACAUUUCAUGACUUCUUUUUUAAUCGAAGGACAUUUACCACUAAUAAAAGCGUUGCUAGAAAAACAAGGUCUUCUCGGUUUAGUCAUACCGGGGUUGGUACAUGAUGAGGCUGAAGCUGUAUUGAUAUUUUUAAAUAUCCUUAAAAAGAAUAUUAUAGAUAAUACAUAUAUAUCAAAGACAUUGAAACUCAAAACAUUUAAUCAACAAGUCUUGUAUAAUAUGUUUAAAGUGUUUUCAUGGAAAGGACCUCCGGAAAUGAAUAGUGAAUUAAGAAAUAAGUUACGACCUGAAAUAACAAAUCUUUUAUCUGAAAUUAUGGUAACACUGUUUACUUCCCAUAGACUAGGUCUAUAUUUUAUUGAUAACUCAUUGGGAACAACAGAUGUUAAUAAGAACCCAAACUUGUACAAAGCAUUGCUUAGCUUAAAAAGACCAUGGGAGAAUGAAAAUGAGUGUGAAGUGAUAUUGCAGGUCAUUCAUAAAUGCCCCGAUUUACACAGAGCUAUUAUAAGUGUUGUUGAACAAAGUUUUCAACCCCAACAUUCUCCUAUUUGGGAAAGAACAAUUGAAUUUGUUAUAAAACUAAUUGAGAAGUUAAAACCUGAGGAUAUUAUAGAUAAAUUGAAAAAUUUAACUCCUCUACAAACUGCAAAUUUCGUAAGAUUUGUAACACUUCCUGUGCCACUGUUGAAACAUAUACAGCCAAAUAUUGGACAAGAUAGAACCAUAUCUUUGUACUGUGCUAAAAUAUUAGUAAAAAUGUUACAAAUGUUGAAGCGUUACAUUCAAAUUUUAGAAUCAGUUGAUAAUCAAACACUUGUAAUAGAACUUAGGAAUAAAUUGGAAUAUUUUUUCCCUAAACAUUUACCCACACCAUCAGCUAUAGUGUUAUUAAUUCAGAAUGUUAUGAGUGACUCAAAUACUACAGAAUCUACUCAAGAUUACAGAUUACCUAAGCCUGAUGAUGCAGAUUCUUUGCUGGUUCUUGUAGAAUUAUUACUUCUAUACAAUUUUAUCCAUCCAGCAUUCUUUGAAUCACUUGAAGGGAACAUAGAUAUUAAAAGUAUACUUGAUUAUUCAAUGACUAUAUCUAGUAAUACAUCUUUAUUGAAAUUUAAAAUAGUAUCGUUGUGGCUUAUGUUAGACGGUUCUGCUGUAUCAACAAAAAAUCCAAUGUUCAAAGAUCUGUUCCGUAUAAUGUUAGAUGUUUAUACAAAUGAUUUAGAUGACACUUGGCUGGAAGCGAAAGAUACAUUGCAUAUAUUUUUUAAGAAUACGAACAUUUUUGAAGAUGACGAAGAUGAAAUUCAUCUUAUUUUGUACUCGUUACGUAAAGUUAGAGUCAAUCCUAUAUCUCUAAUAGGUGAUAUCAUUGAAUAUGCUAUCACAAAUAAAAAAGAAUUAACUGCACUUGUACGUAAUCAAAUUAAUUCUUUAGAAAUAUCAGAUGCAACAAAAGAAGAGAAUUUAGAAGCACUAUUUAAUGGACUAAUGAAAAAUAAAUGUAACGACGAUAACAUUUUCAUGGACAACAAAGUUCCAUCGCCAUUUGUAGUUGCUUGCAUACAAUAUACAAUGCCAAAUAAAGAUGCAAAAAAAAGCUUAAAGCAAUUUUUGUCACUUUAUAUCGCCAAUUUACUUCAUUGUAAUUAUUCUCCAGAAUUAACAGAAAUCUUAAUGGGCGAUUCAAAGGUGGACGUGAGAAAUUACGUUGCAAGUUGGAUGGGAGAACCGAUUGCGUUACCAGAUGGUGUUGUUGGUAAAGACAACGUAUUAUGUAAUUUAUCCCGAUCUAUAAUUGCCAAUGAAGAUUUGGCACUUGAAGAAAUAUUUACUUUCCUAGAGAAGUGUUCGGAAGAUGAAAAAGAUUUAGAAAUUGAGGGUUGCGGUUGUUUUAAAAUAGUAGAGGCAGUGAAUAGUUCAGAAUUAUUAAUAUGGGCGAGAUAUCUCGUAUUUUGUGUUGUAAAAUUAACCCAAAUGAAUAGAUUUACUGAAAUCGAAGAAGAUAAAAUAAAACGUUACAUUGAUUGUUUAAUUGAAAUAUGUAAAAAACAGCACAUGUUACAAGUUUCUCGAAACAUAAUUCUAAAUAUGUUUAAGAAUUCACACGUUCUGAAAAUUUAUACACCAAUAGAACAGAAAAAGUACGAAAGCAAUGUAUUUGCAACAAAAAUACUUCUACACGUGUUGACUCAUCAUUCAGAAAUCGUUAAUUAUUUAGAUCAUAAGAGAAAUAUUUUACUACCCUACCAAAUGAAGAAUUGUAAGGAAGUUAUGAACACUUUAAAAAAGUUUAAAAAGAAAAAGUGUAUUAAAUCACAACACACUGUAAAGAUUCUUGAAGAAGUAGGAUUACGUAAGAAAGAUGACAUGUUAAUAUUAAAUCAUAUAUUUAACGCUGACUUAAAUACUUGUGUUAGUGACGACAAAGAGCCAAGUUUGUUAUUAGAAAUACUCUGUGUUAUAAUCAAGAAAUAUUCAAAGACAAUCAAAUUAGAUUUACCGCAAGACGUGUUGUUGAAAUCUUUAAAAAUAUACUGUCAACUAUUAAAGAGUUUAGAAAUAAACGUUAAUUUAACAGGCAUGGAAGUAGCAUUGAUAAGUUAUUUUGAAAACAAACCACAAUUCGUUACUUGUGUGUCGGAAGAAAUUUUUCGAUCCUUCUUCCAAACGAAUACGGUACGAAAAUCCACUUCACAAUUGGCUUACACUUUACUCAAAUUUGAUGAAAAACUCUGCAAAGUUUUCAAUGAAGAAAUCAAUAGACCUCAAAUAUUAAGUCAAAGAGAAUUAACUCUACCUCUAGGAAAUGCUGUUUUAAAUCAUAGCACAUUUUUAUCAAACAACAAGGAAUUCAUGUCUAAAAUCUACGAGGAAUACAAAUCUAAUAUUAAUAAAUAUUUGGAAAAACCUCAUAAAGCAGGCCAAAUAUAUUUAACAACUUGGAACUUUAUCAAGAAGUUGAUUAUCGAAUGCAUGGACGUUCAGGAUUGCAAGAAAAUUCUAACAAAAAAUCAUAAAUUCGAAGUGAUUGAUAUUGGUCAUAUAAAUUUAUUUCAAACGGUAUUUCUUAAGCUUUGCUUACGAAAUGAGGACAUGAAAAAAGAUUACUUGCUUAAUUAUUAUUUAUCUAUGCUACAUCUACUAACAACAGCUAUCAAAGAAAACAUAGAAGUAAACAUUGUAAAUGCAAUAGUACAUAACAUAAUAGAAGUAAUUCAAGUAUCUAAACAAAUAUCAGUAUUUGAAAUUGAACAAAAACAGGAUUUUGCUAAGAUAACAGAGAAUUCAGUAUGGCAAAACUUUUGCAAAGCUGUAUUGAAAGCGUCUUUAAAAAUUAAAACCGCGAAUGAAUCUAUCGAAUCUGGACCAAAACUUUUGAGUCUGCUGACGAAACUUAUAAAAUUGUUUUAUUCGAAGGACCAUGAGGAUAUAAUAACAUUAUUUGACAUGGUAACAUCUCACUCAGAGUUCUUAAAUGUAAUGCUAAGUCAUCAUAGUCUUGAAAUCAAAUCAAAAUUACUUGAGAUGCUUUUUGCUUUGAUAUCUAUUAAUAAAUCAGUUAUGAAACCGCAACAGAUACCAGUUUACUUGAGCGCGUACGGCGCGACUACAGGUUCAUGUGACAAAGUUAUUUUAUCUAUUUUGCAUUACUACGAAAGCAAUCAACAACCUGUUAAUGAAUAUAAACCAUACGUAUGGGGUGAUUCCGCAGCUAAUUAUUACGCUGUUCGCAAAAAUAGGACAUCUUCGUUGUGGGGUCAUCCGACUCCUAAUCAAGUAUUGAAUUUAUUCGAUAAAGAUAUUAUCGAAAGUACAAUAAGAAAUUUUCCAGUUAAUCAAAAAUUGGAUUACAAUUAUGAAUUAUCUGAAUGCAAUGAAGUAGGAGUUUCAAACAAAACAGAAUCUUUCAAAACUGUUUUAAAUGAAGUAUUCAAUGAUUCUAAUAUCAAACAAGUAAGUGAUAAUGAAUCGGCAAUUAAAUAUUUGCUGGAAAAACCUAAAUUCGAAUCAAUAAUGUUGAAAUGCAAAGAGAAUGAUAUCACAGACUUCUCUCAUAUAGAACCUGAUGCAGAAAUAUAUGAUCCAGUGUUCGUGUUGUCAUUACUGAGUCAUCUCUUAGCUCCCGGUUCGGUUGCUUCCUGUUUCAAGUUGCUUCGGACUGGUCUGUUGUCAGUUCCUGUGAUGGCUUUGAGUUCCCACUGCCCACUGAUGAGAUCGGCUGCUUAUCACGUUCUACAUAGAUUCUGUAUGCUGCUUGAAACUGAAACAAAACACAAAAACGAUAAACUCUUCCUCGGCGAUUUCAUCACAACUUUACGUAUGAGUUUAUCAACUGCUAUUACUGAUUCAGAAAAUGAGAUGGAUGGUCAAAAUCCUCGUCUACCUGCAGUCGGUGCGUUGUAUUUAGCUAAAGCAUUGAUGGUCUCUACAGCUCCUUUUGAUCCACUUUAUAAGCCAGUGAAUAAUUUCUUCAUAGCGAAACAAAUUGUUGAUCUCACAAAUGUACCAGACUUUCUCAGUCUAUUUCACGAUAGUGACGUAGAAUUUGUUGAUAGAAGACAAUGGAUUCUCGAUGUAAUUAAAUACGGAACUAAAACUAUGACCGAUGUUAAUGUGGUUUUCAAAAGUAUGUGUUUAAAAAUGAUGAUGGACUUUUAUUCAACCGAAUUAUGUGAUCGUAAGACAAAAGAAAAGAUUGUAAGUGCUCUUAAUUCUAUAAUAACAGUUCCAAAAGCUUUUGAUAUUUUAAUUAAAGGUUAUGGAUUUUUAUCGUGGUUACAUUACGCGGUGAGGCAGAUUCGAAAAGAUGAGAAAUGUGUAGUCAUACAGAUGUUUGAUUUAAUCAAAAAUAUGUUGUACAGUUUGAGGAUAGAUUCUCUAUCAAAAUUUUGUACCACAAAUAAUGUUAACGGUAAAAUCGAUGCAAUGAGUAAUGUGAAAAUAGAUAAAGAAAUUGAAUUUAAAAUCUUGUUAAUUCUUAACGAUUUAUCUAAUUAUUUAGAAGGAUUGGAAGUUACUGAGAUAUACGAAUAUGUGGGUAUAUACAAAUUUGUUUCAAAGAAGACAAUAAAGUUGUUAACUAAGAAACAAAUUUUAAAUAUAAUCAAUAAAUGUAUUCCUUUAUUAAUUGUUGACGAAAGUGUACAUUUAUUAUCUAAAGCCGUUAUCAAUGGAGCUAGGAUUUUAAAGAGUAAAAAAAUUGUUCAUUUGGAAGACACAAAAGAUAAUUCUAUCCUUAAAGAAUUGACAGUUCUGGUGCAAACUUAUCUAUCUUAA